GCCCACCUCUAGAGUCACGUCUCAUGUGCCCAGUAGCAAAACAUCAACGCCCAUUUUCUCCUCCUUUGUCGCUCCCCAUCCCCAUGGCAAGAGAGGCUCUGUCACUUCCUCUCUUGUGAGGCGAAGCUACCCAGAUCAUGGCUUCCGCUUCCGCUUCAGCUUCAUUAUAAUUAUAAAACCACUCAGAGUGCAUUUCGAAGACCCACAAAUUCCAACCAAUGCUUUGUUCAAUGGAUUUGAGAAGGCUUUCAAGAGCUAUGCCUUCUCCUUUCUCGGCACGCAUCUCGCGUUCCUUGACCUGGGUGACAUCAACCCACUUUAGCCCUCCUCAAUCUCCACCUCCAAAGCCUCAGAGUCAAUCAUUACCUUCUUCUGAGCAGAGCCUGCUUGAUUUGGUGCAUUCUAUUCUCUCCAGCAAGGUUCUGGAUUCUGCUACCUGUCAAGCUUUGAUAACCCGCUUGUCGCCUCUUGAAUUUGAUCACGUAUUCUUUACUAUUAAAUCCAAUGUGAACCUCAAAACAACUCUUCUCUUCUUUCAUUUCGCUGCUGAUUCUUUCAAGUUUCGAUUCACGGUUCGGUCGUACUGCCUUUUGGUUCGUUUGCUUCUAUCUUCGACCCUUUUAUCACCUGCAAGGUUGCUUUUAAUCCGUCUGAUUGAUGGGGAGUUGCCUGCUUUGUUUGGUGACUACGAUAGGCACAUUGAAAUAGCUGCUUCAAUGUUGGAGUUAAAUACCGUCACGGAAAAAAAUCAUGAUGGAUUGGAUUUGUUGAUUCAUGUUUUCUGCACCCGAUUCAAGGAUUCGGGUCUACAUGCUGCUAUUGAUAUAUUUUACUUAUUUUGGAGAAAGGGGACGUUUCCAUCUCAGAAAAUUUGCAACUUGUUGUUGAACUCAUUAUUGAAGGCUAAUGAACUUCAAAAGUGUUAUGAAGUGUUUGAUGCUUAUUGUCAACUUGUUUUACCGGAUGUUUACACCUGCACUACUGCAAUCAAUGCAUUUUUCAAAGGAGGCAGGGCGGAGGAUGCAAUUAGUUUGUUUUUGAAAAUGGAGGAGGUUGGUGUUUCACCUAAUGUUGUUACCUACAAUAACAUGAUUGAUGGGCUCUGCAAGAGUGCUAGAUUAGAAGAGGCAUUUCGAUUUAAAGAAAGGAUGGUAAAAAGUAAUGUGAAUCCAAGUCUUAUAACCUAUAGCGUGCUUAUCAAUGCUUUGGUGAAAUCGGAGAAAUAUGAUGAAGCAAAUUGCAUUUUGGUGGAAAUGUCGGACAGUGGCUUUACUGCCAACGAGUUUGUUUAUAACACGCUGAUUGAUGGAUGCUGUAGGAGGGGAAAUAUGAGUGAAGCACUGAGGAUCAAUGAUAACAUGUUAUCUAAGGGCAUAAAACCCAAUUCUGUUGCUCUUAAUACUCUUUUACAAGGUUUUUGCAGAACUAAUAAAAUAGAGCAAGCUGAGAAAAUAUUAGAGGAGAUAUUAUCCAGUGGGUUAUCUAUUAACCUGGAUGCAUGUUUUUCUGUUAUUCAUUCUCUAUGUAAGAAAGCAAAGUUUGAUUCUGCCCUUCGAUUUGUUAGAGAGUUGUUAUUGAAAAAUAUCAAGCCUAGUGAUAACUUGCUUACCGCAUUAGUCCACGGCCUUUGUAAGUGUAGAAAACAUUCAGAGGCUAUUGAGCUUUGGUUUAGCCUUGCAGAUAAAGGCUUUGCAGCCAAUACUAUUACCUCAAAUGCUCUUCUUCAUGGACUUUGUGAACAAGGGAACUUUCAGAGGGUUGACACAAUACUCCAAAAGAUGCUUGAGAGGGGUUUGGUAUUGGACAGGAUCUCAUACAACAUACUCAUUCUUGGCUGUUGCAAAAGCGGUAUGGUUGAACAAGGUUUCAAGCUUAAGAAAGAGAUGGCUAAGCAAGGGAUCCAACCAGAUAUACAAACCUACAAUUGUAUAAUGAAGAGUUUAGUUGAUAUGGGUAAAAUGGAUGAUGCGAGUAAGCUUUUGCAUGAAGGCCAGCAAGAGGGCUUGCUUCCAAAUGUCUAUACAUAUGCAUUGAUCAUUAAAGGAUAUUGUAAGUUUGACAGACUUGAUGACGCUAUAAGCUUAUUCAAUGAGUUAGUUAAUAAUAGGAUAGUAGAACUAAAUUCUGUUGUUUAUAACAUACUUAUAUCAGCCUAUUGUCGAAUUGGUAAUGUGAUAGAAGCCUUCAAACUUCGUGAUGCCAUGAAAAGUAGGGGUAUUCCACCAACAUGUGCCACAUUUUCUUCUCUAAUACAUGGAAUGAGCAAUAUUGGCCGUGUUGAUGAGGCAAAAGAUAUUUUUGAAGAAAUGAGAAAAGUAGGCUUGUUACCAGACGUUGUAUGUUAUACUGCACUUAUUGGGGGUUACUGUAAGCUUGGCCAGAUGGAUAGAGCGAUAAGUGUCUUGCUUGAAAUGUCUGCAAACAAUAUACAUCCCAAUAAAAUUACAUACACUGUUAUAAUUGAUGGGUAUAGCAAAUUGGGCUAUAUGAAAGAAGCAAAUGAGAUUUUAUGUAAGAUGAUAGUAAAUGGUAUAACACCAGAUACUGUCACUUGUAAUGCAUUGGUAAAUGGGCAUUGCAAGGAAAGGAAACUACAAGAAGCCUUUCAACUGUGUGAUCACAUGUCUGGUGGUGGAGUAUCACUAGAUGAAAUUACAUAUACGACGUUGGUUCAUGGGUUGCAUCCUCCUUCAGCACUUAGCUUUCAAGAGUAAUUAGUAAACUUCUCUGAUUUGGUUGAUACCAUGAAUCUUGGGAUUGAUGCUGUCACAAUUAUGCUCAGCCUCAGCAUUUCCUGAAGAUGAAGGUUUCAUAUGCUUGAUAUCCAACAUGUGGAUUAAAGGCAACAACUAAGGCAGCAUGCUCUUUCCCCAGAUUCCCAAUCGAAGAAUGAACUUGGAGCUUAAGAGGGAAAUUAAAUUCUCGAGUGUACAAGGACUGCCCCACAGCAAUGAUUUUCUUGCUCCUUAACCAUCUACCAGGCAUCUCUGAAACAAGUGACAUGGUCAAGUAUCAAAAGGACGACUCUGUCAUUUUUACUAAUUUUUGUCCAGUGAGCAUCAUGAGAUGCGGGAGAGCAUAAUAAUGUCACGCAAUCCAUGUAGUAUCCCAUCUACUGAGAUAAGGCUUGUCGUUAUUCUCAUGAUGUGAUAGAGUAUAAUGAUGUUGCACAAUUCAUGUAGCCAAUCUUAUUUAGUGGAAUAAGGCUUGUCGAUGUUGUUAAGUGUCUCAUGAUGUCUUCUUCAAUUUUACUAACUUCUGUCUUACGCGAGUCUCAUGAUGGAAUUCUUUACCUCACACAGGAACCUCUGUCGAUUACAGUUGGUGCUGAAAGACUUCAUAGAGAUCAAAUGAGCUGAAUCCACCAUUAGAUAUUGCAUUGGAGACUUGAAGAUGCCAAAAAUGGACCUAUUUUCUUGCUUAAAUCUGUGAAAUGUGGGCUAACCUCUCUUCCACCCUUGGAAUAUUCAUGUUCUAUGAUACUUUUCAUAUUCCUUUUUCCUGUUCAGAUUGUGGCAUUUGGAUGUGGCACCAAGGAAUGAUAUGUGAGGUCAUUAAAUAUGCACGUUGACCAAUGACUUUUCGUUUCCCAAAUUUCAUCAUCCUCAGCUUAGUCCUUUUAGGAUAACAGCUCCAAGAAAAAAAGUGAAGUGCAACCUCGGAUAUGCAAACAAAUCGAAGUAUGUAUUACAAUCAGGAUGUGAUGCGAUGAUAUUCAGAUUUAAUUAGCAAUUGACGACAAAGGCAACUAGGAUAGAGAAGAGAGCUGGACUUUGCACUGCACUAAAGUUGAAGAUGAGAAGCAGUCAUGGGCUGGAAAAUAGGGUCAUCCUCAAGUGCAGCCGCUAGCUCUGGCCACAAGAUAGCAGAGACAGUCCAUGAGCCAUCACUGCUACCACUUUGCCUCUGGUUCAUAUAACCUACCCCGACCCUUUCAACAGAGGUAUAGACUGUCCCUAACACGGGACUCCCAAACCCAAAGUCCACUUCAGUUACUGGAAACCUUCUUCCUGAGGACACAACCAGGACUGGUCCUUCCUGACCCAACACUGCCUUUGCUAGCAUCAAGCCAGGCCUUUGGCACUCAACCCAAUCAAUCAAAUCCAAAAAAUGAGCCUCAUUGUUCACCUCUGUAAUAGCCUCAUGCACUCUCUUGGCAGUUUCUGAGAUUGAAGCUUCCUUCAACUCUUGAAUCCUUGCCUCCCCAAAAGCCAGUGAUAAGACAUUGCCUAUGUAAUUUGACAUACAAUUCCUGCUACCUUUUCCUCCUAUUUUUCUCUUCCAUCCACUAACCAACCCAUCUUGCAUUUCUCGUACCUCUGAUCAAUGGUUCUAAUCAUUAUCUUCCAUACAUAGCUAGAGAAAGCCUCAAUCUUUGUUCUUUUGGUGCCACCACGUGAUGCCAGUCUCUGGAGCAUAUCAAUACUUGAUGCAUUGAUGUGAUAAAGACGCUUAAGCGUUAUGUUGUUCGUUGGCAUGUUCUGUAUCUCUUCUAUAGUGCACUUGAUGAAAGUUUGGUCCAAUGAUGGGUGAUAUUUGGGAGGAAAACGAGCUUGAAGGUGUCUAGUAUGGUCUGGGAGAAUUGAAAGGGGCUUAUUUUGCGCUCUUUCAAACCAUGAGGCAAUGAAUUUACCAAAGGAACUUGCAUCACCUAAUGCAUGGUCAAAAGUGAAAGCGAUAGAGAUGCUUCCACAAGUGUAAUCUGUUAUCUGAGUUUGCAGAGGGAAGCCUGGUUGGAUAGAGACUAGCUUACCUUGAAUGGUUUCAUUGAGAUUAUGGAAAUUUAGUUCCUUCAUUGGGAGAUUGGCGUGAGCUUCAACGAUUAGAGCUCCAUUGUUGUCACAGAUGAUUUCAGGCUCACCAGUUUUGGGGUUCUGAACAAUUUGGCCUGCAAAGGGAUAGUAGCAAUCAAGUGUUUGAGCUAGAGAGCUCUUGAGAGACUCAAUAAGUGCUCCAAAGUCACGAACUAAUAGUUUGGGUCUGCGAAAGAAAUACAAGUAUGUCACAGGAAAACGACCAGAAAGAAGAUCAAGAUUUGAGAGAGUGAUUGAAAAUGAUGCCGGCGGAUGAUUCAUAGCCUUUACAACACUUUUCUUGGUAAUCUCCACUAUUAAUUUCCCAGGCUCUGAGGCCUCAAAGUCCUCAAGAAUGUCUAGCAUUUUUUGUAGUAGGGUGGUAUUUCUCUAUCCUGAGGAUUUAAUAUAAAGGCUUAUGGAGUAAGUAAAACUAGCAUAUGCUUUUAUAGUGUGUGAUAAGCAAGGUAAUGGAAUUUGGUUUUAUUUA